CGACGAGAGGAAGCGUGGACGAGAGAGAGUUGGCCGACGAUAUUCGUCGGUCCGCUCGUUAACCGCUCGUCGAAGGCAAAAGCCGGUUGAUAACGUUAUCUGUUUGCAAUAAUUGCAGUCUGUAUCACGGCCGGCCAUUGUCGUCGAACGAGUGACGGAGGCCUGCCGUCAAAGAAAGCUAGUGACCGCUAGUGUCAACAGGUGAUACGUGAUCACGAUCGCAAAGAGAAGAAGACAAAAGGAGGAACGGAGAAGCCGACUUAUCGAUCGGAAUCUGACGUCUGAACGAAAGGAAGAUAGAAAGAGUUGUAUACACACGGUUCGGUGUAUAGAAGUUCGAGAUCAAAGGGAUCAAUCGAAACGAGACAGCGUGUUCUGGCCAUUGGAAACGUUUGGUCAUGCGAUAAGGUCAGGCCUCGCGUGUACCACGAGACAAGAUAGAGCGAUAAAAUUUAAACGUAAAGAGAGUGGAAAGGAGCCCCGUCUGGCGCCUUGUUCCUCGCUAAAGUGACGCGUCGCCUUGGCCAAUAAAACAGACAGACGGUCUAAACUGAACGGAAUCGGCAGCUGCUCUCCCCGGUGUGCGCCUCUCUCGUUCGUUGGCCCCGUCGUUUUAAUUUCAGCCGGAGUCAGCCUCUAAGACCCUCUAACUAGUGGUCAACUUAUCGAGUUGAAAAAGUGUUUCUUUCACGGAGAGAAAGAGAGAGAGGAGGGGGGAAGGAGGGGAGGGGGGAGGGAGAUGCUCGUUCUAUUUCUUUUCCUCUCUUCGGAUACGUAUCGUUACCGGUCGAAACGCGAGGAUCGAUCCUUGGACGAUGUUGACUCGUAGGAACUGAUCGACGCGAGGAGAAGAAGAAACAGAGGAUUGGUCAAGAUGAUGAUGGCACCGCAGAUCGUGGGUGUCCUGUUGAAGAAACCGGGACAGCAGAGCCACCCACGCUUUCCACCGUUGGACCCACAAGAGACGAAAAUAAGAGGCGAGCUAUACGUGGAGGAUCUAGGCGAGAGGCGGAUCGUUUCCAUCAGAAUGGGAUGGCUUUGGGUCGAGGGUACUCCGAUGAGGCUUCCAUUGAGGGCGUUGAACCUACGCCAGGCGGCACCCAGCCUGUGUCAACCGCACGCACUGGCUCUUGGGUUCACGUUGAGCAACUCGCAGGAUCACACCCUCGCUACUUUUUGGGCAGAUUCGGAGCCCAUCUAUUGGUCGUGGGUGAGGGCGAUCGCUGCGGAGCUGGUGAGGCAAACGCCGUUCCGUGCCCAGAGGUGUUUGAACUUUCUCGAGAUCCUGACCAUUUGUCCAAGAGGGCCCGUCCCUCUGCCGGACAGCCCAACCGAGUCGAGGAGGCGGUCGAGGAGCGAGCUACGCUGCUGGCCGGGCGACUCCCCGACGGAGAAGAGUUCGAGGAGCACGGCAACCAUCCUGGAGGAGUCGAGGAGGAGAGCUAGAAGCGAGUUGCGGGGUUGGUCGAGCAGCAAUUCGAGCGACGAGGACCUGCUGGGCGAUUUUCGAAGCAUACCGGCGAUGAUCAGCAAGGAGCAGCCCAUGGGCAGGACGUGGGGUUGCAGCGAGAGCAGCGAGGGAAGCGACGACAGCCUUCCUUGGAGCGGCGUGUGCCGUUCCAGCAGCGUGGAUCCAGCCGUCUCUCUUCCCGAGCCCGAGACAAGGGAGCAGAGAAUUCAAAGGUACAAAGAGGCGAGAAGGCGGGAGAACGAGGCGAGGAGCAGAAGGGUCCUCGAGGAGGACGCGAGGAGGCGGAAAGCUCGAGCCGAGGAGAACAACAACGACAUCCUGAAGACGUACGGGUCGGGCAGAUCGAGGAAUAGGUUGUAUAAUUCGGGGAACGACAACGACAAUAAUCGCUGUUUCGCAUCCGCGAGGAAGGAGAGGGAGGAGGAGCAAUUUAGAUCGAGGAACGAGAAGAAUAUCGGCAGAUUGCCACCCGUGAAACCGAGCGUUGAGUCCCCGUUGGUCAGAUUCGAGGAGGAUGAUCGGAACGAGGACGACAAAAGGAACAACAACGCUCCUAGGAAUGGGAAUCCUACGAGUCCCGGGAUACUGAGGGCGGACACGAGCGAGAGGAGGAGUCGAGCAAGGGAGAGGAGAGGCGUGAGAGAGAAGAGCCAGUUGUUGCAAACGCAGCAAUUUGCCAACGCUCCAACGGUGGAAACGCUCCAGGAACGGAAGGAGCGGCUGGCCCAAUUAUCCUCCAGGAUCCCGGUGCCUCGACAACUGUUACACGUCUCGAAAUCGAUCGAGAAUUGGAACUCGAAUUCGGGGAGAACCUCGUCCACAUCUCUGUCCAUCCUCACCGAGCCACCCUGCGAGGAAGACGUGGCCAGACUUUUGGAACGGUGUCAAAGGGUGGACCAUUACGUGCCAGUGCGGGAGAAACUGACGUUGUUCGAGUCGUUGUCGAGGCUGGGCGGCCGACUGGCCAGAAGCACCGAGGACCUCGGUCGGACGUCCUCGAAGCCGAGCCCCAGGGGGAAGCAACGCGCCAGAUCUCUUCACGAUCUGAACAGAGGGGCAAGGGCCGUCCCCGUCAGAGAGAUGUGUCGAUUCUUCGAAGGGGACGUGGAGCAUCAGCAGGAGCAUACGAGUCAGAAAUCUUGCCUGGCGAAGACUAGGUUCAGCGAUCCUGUGACACCGACCAGGAUCGGAUCGUGGAAGGAUCCCGCGGCGAAUUCGAAGGGCAACGAGGCGCCUUGCGUCAGGUCGUCCACGAGAAGGAAACAUUAUUUGAAAUAAUCCUCGUCGAAUCCUGACCAAUCUUUUUCUUCUUCGGUGCCUUCGAGAUCUAGGCUCUACGAUGAUCGAUAAGUUCGAAAGCGGGUCUUUCCCAACAGCGUACUCCGACCGAUAAAAAGGAAAAAGAAAUAAAACGUGUCGGACUUGCUCUUCCUCGAUUUCUGAAAACACUUUUAACGAAAAACAAGACACCGAGAGUCGUUUUUAAAAAGAAUCUCGAUCGAUUUACGACUCCGCUCGUCGCGAUGGAUCGUCACACUCGCUGCUUGGAGCGGCUUUUUUUUUUUUUUUGCUCUCCGGGAUCGCGAACUGUGCUCGAGGUAUCGAAUCCUCGUGGCACGAUGCGCGCGCGAAGAACGAAGGACGACGAACAAGGAAGAGAUUCGAUGUUUUUACACCAAUUUGUUCGUUUUCUCGAUUUUUCCUUAUUUAUUUCGUAUUUUCGUUUCGUUCUUUUUUUUUUUUUUUGUUACGAGAUUCCUCGUCGAGUCCACGAGCAGCGUGAUUUCGAACGAACGUGAUUCGACGUCACGAAA